AUACUCUUAGUACCCUUGUCAUCUCCCAUCUCCACUUGAACUGUUCAGCAAUUAAUUUCUUCAUUAAUGAAAGGGAGAUAAUAGUUACUUCAUAGUUUGACUAAGGACUGGAUGAAAUUUUGGAAAAUAGACAAUGCUGUGUCUGGCACAGAUCAGCACUUUACUAAAUGUUUUGAAAAGUCUACACUUGUUUAAUGAGGACACUUUCAGGGCCGCCUUACCCAACUCUCCCUCUGAAGAUUAAGGUCUUUUCCUUUCCAAAGGCAUCCAAGCACACUCCCCUACAGGCUCCUCCCUGCUGUUCUUUCUACUGGGCCCACCCCACGCUCAACUGGCUCCCUACCAGUUACUGUCAGAGAACAGCGAGACACAAAGGACUUUCUCAGAUCCAUGAUCACAAGGAUAUGUUACUUGUGAAAGCUACAGCAAAAAGGAAAGGAAUUAAAGCCACAGAUGUAAAGGGACUCUUACCCCUGAUGAUACUAAUGGUGAUAAUUUUCCUGAUGAUUGUGUUCUGGGAAAACGAGCUGUAUGAAGAAACAGUGGCGUCAACCAUAGAACACUUGCACGUGGACUACCCUCAGAGUAAUAUUGCUGUAAGGUACUGCAACCACAUGAUCUUAGAAAGAAUCAUCAAGGAACCUGACAACACCUGCAAAAAGGAGCAUGUCUUCAUCCACGAGAGGCCUCGACAGAUCAAUCGUGUUUGCACUUCUCCCAAGAGGACGGCUUGCCAAAACCAUUCCAGCAUUUUAUGCUUCCAGAGUGAGACAAAGUUCAAAAUGACAGUCUGUAAGCUCAUUGAAGGUAUCAGAUAUCCUGCCUGCAGGUACCACAUUUCCCCCACAGAGGGGUUUAUUGUAGUCACUUGCGAUGACAUGGGGCCCGUUAACUUCCAGAAAUAUGUUGAAUAACUUGAGACCAGCACCUGAAUCUGAGAUCCUCUCUGCUCCUCUCCCAGGGGCACUGGUUCUGGUUCUUCCUGGUGCACAUCUGACUGUGGACAUGGGGGAAAGCCCAAGUGAAAUGGUAGCCACCAGUAAUUCAUUUAUC